AUGUGCCGCCAAUACCUUACCUUUUAUGAAUGGUGCCGCUGCGAAGAAGAUUCUGGCCACACCUCCUGCGCCAGCGGCAGGAGCCAGCGCUGCCGCGGCGUCAGCAUCGAGACGGUCCACAUGCACUGCUUCUGCAACACGCACGCGACCACCAAAUGGGUCACGGAGGAAAAGGGCUUCAAGCGUGAUCGACAGCAGAAGCGUCGCGCCGAGCAGGCUGCAGGCGAGAAGACGCUCUCGUCCAGUCGG